AUGCCGAGUGAUCCAGAGGAUGACUACAUACCAUGGAUUCAGCAGUUUUGCGAGUUGUUUGGACACGAUUAUUUUGUCCAAGUGUCGCAAGAGUUUAUUGAGGAUGAUUUCAAUUUAACCGGUUUAUCGCUGCAAGUACCAUUUUAUAGAGAGGCAUUAUAUACAAUAUUAGAUUACCAAGUCGAAACAGCCGAAGAUCACCCAAAUACAUCAACACCUGCACCAACAGCGACAACAACAGCAACAACGGCAUCAACGACAACAACAGUGCCAACGGGAGCUACACCCAAUAACAACAACAACAACAACAACACUAGCAAUACUAAUAAUAAUAACAUCUACAACACGAAUACGGGGAUAAACGACUCGCGAGCUUCCACGAGUAAAUCGAAAUCAUCCAAUCCACCUGCUCCGGAAUUGCCAAACAAGGCGCUAUUAGCGCACCUGGCGGAGCUAUUAUACGGCUUGAUACAUGCGCGCUUCAUUGUAUCGAAGCAAGGCCUAACUGCCAUGGCGUCGAAAUUUGAAAAAAACGACUUUGGUUCCUGUCCCAGAUAUUUCUGUGACGGAAUGCACUUGAUACCUGUUGGGGCAACAGAUAUACCAGGCCAAGAAACUGUACGAUUGUAUUGCCCCUGCUGUAAUGAUAUAUAUAUCCCUUCCAGUUCGAGGUAUUUGAAUAUCGACGGUGCUUAUUUCGGCACUACUUUCCCCGGGUUAUUAGUCAAGAUGUUUCCCGAGAUUGAAAACCAGUGCAGGAUAAGGAUAAACAAGUUUAGCCAGAAUGACUUUGGGUUGAAGUUGUUUGGCUUUAAGAUUAACGAGUUGAGCUCGACUGGACCUAGAAUGAAGUGGUUGAGAAUGCAUCCCAAGACGCCAGAGGAAAAGAAGGAAUAUGAUUUUUGUGAAUAUAGUGUACCUAAGUUAACCUACGAGGAUGAAGAGGAAGAAGAUGAGAUGGAUGAAGACGACGAGGAUAAUGAUGACGACAAGACAAUGGCAAGUGAAUAA